UGGAACGAGAGCCAUCUCCCCGAGCCAGCGUCUCACAUCCCCUGGAAGAUCUUUACCAUGAGGCAGUCGCUCAUGUCGCUCAUCUACAUCGUAGCACUCCUGCUAGAGUGUUACGCGCUGUCGGCUGCCUUACCCAUGGGUAAUGCUGAAGACAGAUCAUUGGAGCAGGAUGCUUUUACCUCCUUGCUGACUGAUGAAGCAACAGAAAACACUCUAGGUGAUGCAGAUAUGGCCGCCAUGACCAAAACCAGAGUGCCGAGGGUAAUUGUCGUGGCUGCUGAUCCAAGCCUUUGGAGGGACAUGCGAGUGCUGCACAACGGACUGUCCGCCUACAAGCGUACCGCUGAUGACAGCAGCCAGGGCUCCGAGCACAGAGACCAGCAGCUGAACAUCCCCAUCCUGAGGAGGGACACCAUGAGGUGCAUGGUCGGCCGGGUGUACCGGCCUUGCUGGGAGGUCUAGGACAGUUUACUCUGCUCUUUCAUGAGACCACACAGAGGACGACAACAAAGUUCUUUCCUGCCUUACGCUGUGCUGUAAAAUCAUCUCGUAAUCUGUCUGUAAAUGACUUCAGAUAUGAGAAUAAAUAUACUUGAA